CGGAGCUGGGCGCGCGCUGAGCCCGCCUUCGCCUCGGGCCGCUCUCAGGGAUAUAUGUUCUAGCGAUAACAACCACAACAACCCUUUGGCCAUGACCUAGGGGUAGCAUGGACCCCAAACUCCAAGUCCCCAGAAACAAAAUGAGACUGAGAAAGGCAGACUAUCUUUGAACUCCUUGAGGGGCAAAGUCUUCUUUGGUCCAGAAGAUGGGGAAUAUUACAGUGGACAAUCUCUCUAGCAACUGUACCAUCGACCACACCAUUCACCAGACUCUGGCUCCGGUGAUCUAUGUUUUAGUGUUGGUGGUGGGUUUCCCAGCCAACUGCCUCUCUCUCUACUAUGGCUAUCUACAGGUCAAAGCCAAGAAUGAAUUGGGGGUCUACCUCUGCAACCUGACUGUGGCUGACCUCCUCUACAUCUGCUCCCUGCCCUUCUGGCUCCAGUAUGUUCUGCAGCACGAUGACUGGCCCCACGGAGACCUGUCCUGUAAGAUCUGCGGCAUUCUCCUCUAUGAGAACAUUUACAUCAGUGUGGGCUUUCUCUGCUGCAUUUCCAUCGAUAGGUACCUGGCAGUGGCCCAUCCUUUCCGCUUCCACCAAUUCCGCACCGUGAAGGCCGCUGCUGGAGUCAGCGUGGUGAUCUGGGUCAAGGAGCUCCUGGCCGGUGCCGUUUUCUUCAGGAAUAGUGAGGUCGUGGAGGAUAAGGACCGACAUCGGGUCUGCUUUGAGCACUAUCCCAUCGAGGCAUGGCAGCGUAAAAUCAAUUAUUACAGGUUCUCGGUGGGUUUCCUCUUUCCCAUUUGCCUGCUUUUCUUCUCUUACUGGGGCAUCCUAAGGGCUGUGCAGAGAAGCCACGGCACUCAGAAGAACAGAAAAGACCAAAUCCAGAGACUAGUAUUGAGUACCAUGAUUAUUUUCUUGGCCUGCUUUUUGCCCUACCAUGUCCUGCUGGUCGUGCGCAACCUGUGGGAAGUUAACUGUGAGUUUGCCAAGGGGAUCUUCAACAUCUACCACUUCUCCCUUCUCCUGACUAGUUUCAACUGUGUGGCUGACCCGGUGUUAUACUGUUUUGUGAGUGAGAACACCCACAAAGACUUGGCCAGGUUACGCAAUUCUUGCUUUGGCUUCCUGACCUGUUCUGGGAAGACAGGGUCCAAGGAGUCCUACCCACUGAGCAGCCCAGAGGCCUCUGGGAAAAACGAAGCCCGGAGGGAGGAGCCUGAGCUGCUAACUAAACUCCGCCCACCGUGCCCGGUCGCUUCCCCUCCUGGAACGGGAGGGACUGGCCAGGAAUGUUAGACCAGGCCAAGUCAUUCAGUAGAGGUACCAGCGAUGUGAUCUGUGGGCUGGAGCUUCUCCGCUGGCUUCAGUUCUAACACCUCUGUUACCUGCAGGCUCCCCGCCUAGGUAAAGCCUGAAGAUGGAGUGAGAUUAUGAGCCAUGGACAAAUGUUGCAGCUCAGCCAGGUUCUUCUACCCCUGAGCUCCACCCUCUGAUGGCUCUCAGAAAACCCACUCAGACACACAUGCUGAGCGUAUGAAUAAACUCCAAGAGAUUCCCAGGCGCCUGAGAUGCCGACGGCACAUCCAGGCACUGCUCCACAAAGCUCAGGCUGUGACUGCCUCUCCCUCUUAUCUGGGAAAGGGAACGUGAAUUGCAGCCUGUAAGACAUUUUCAAAGAAAAAGGAGCUGUCUUACAAGUAUAUAUUGAAAAGGGAAUUAUGGAUUGGGGGUAGGGAGGUGUUAUGAUAAAAGCAGUAUAAGGGGCAUAUGGAAGCAAGUUUCAUAAGAAGGUAUUUGUGUGUGUGUGUGUGUGUGUGUGUGUGUGUGUGCAUGUUUCCAAGUAGCCCUACCUAACCAGCCUGCCCAGGGUCUGAAUCUCCCAUAUUGCCUGCUCCCUUAGGUUAACGUGUUGGCGUUUCAAAUUAAUGUGUUGGCGUUUCAGAUUGAAAUGCACCUUUAUUAUUUGAGGCAAAGGGAGAUGUGAAAAGCUAUUAUCAUCCAUUAACUCUACUAGUUCACCUAAAAGAAUGAGGACUUUAUGAUGACAAUGAGGAGAGACAUUAUAAGGAAUGAGGACGUUAUGAUAAAGACAUUAUGAUGAGAAAGAGAGGUGGUCCAGAUGUCUUUCUGUGGAGAGUGGGAGAUUGUUGGGUAUCAGGGUACAUAAUGAGACAUCUGGGUUAGAAAGGCAAGGAGACAAAGAGAAAGGAUUUAAAAGCACUAAAAAUAAACUUCUCCUAGCUGGAAUUUUUACCAAGAUCCUUGAAUUGUUGGAAAGUUAGUACUAGGUGACUUUGAAUAAACACCCAGGACUUUCAGAAAGGUUGGGUGGGAGUAAGCCAAAUGUACCACCCUCAUUCUCUUUGUCCAUGAAAAAUAAAUCUUAGAGGGUAUUAAGUCUUCAAGUAUUCAAAGAGCUAUCCUUAGGAAUAGAGAUCAGAUUUGUUCUGCUUAGCUCCAGAGGAGAGAACUAGGAACAAGAAGUAUAUGUUACACUGAAGCAGAUUUAAAUUCAGUGGAAGGAGAAAUUUCCCAGCAAUUAGAGCUGUCCAAAAGGAGAACAGGUAGUGAGUUCCUGUCAGUGGAGAGGUUCAAACAGAGCUGGCUGACCUCUGUUAGGGGUGUUGCAGAGGGCAGGAAUGGCCUCUGAGAUCCCUUCCAUCUCUUAGAUUCUCUGCAAUUCCAGUCCACUUUUUUUCAGUCUUUUAAUUCUCUUGUUUCUGAAUUCAGUUGCCUCCCAUUUCAGACUAAGUGUCAUUAAGCUCCAAGUAGAAAAGCAAAGAUUACAGUCAGAAUGUGUGUCAGCUAUGGGUCCUCUCAAGACAAACCGCCCAGAAACCUCCCACUUCCAUCCGUCCAAAGGCAGCAACGUGGGGAAGAUUUUACAGUUAAGAUGCCAGUGUCCCCAUUGGCAGCCAAGCCCUUGGAGAAUGGGAGCUCAGAGAGGCAGGGCUCAGCCUGAGAUGGUGGUCUUGGAAGUGCUGUCCUGUGUCCAAAGAAAGUCCUAAUGGAGGCCAUUAGAGGAGAGUGCUGAGGAAGGCCCUAGCUUGGUUGGCCUAGUUCUGUACCUCACAUGGUGUCAUAGGUUCUACGCCCAGAUCUGCCUCUAGUCAUAUGACAUAAGGCGAGUCCCCCAGUUCUCUGGAAUUGAUUUCCCUCAUCUCAGGCGCCAUGAUUCUAUUUCCCCUUGUCCAAUGGAAUGAGUCGGUGCUUUGUCCACAUCAAAUUUCAAACGACCCCUCCUCUUACCUAUCACUUUUGAAACCUCCAUUGGCAGGAGAGAGGAGGGUAGAAGAAGGAAAAUGUUCCUUGUGCUAGCUGGAACUUCCUUUCCCUUCAUUUCACUCAUCAGUUGGCAUUUUGAACUCUGCCUCUCCUCCCCUCCUCCUCUCACCGUGUACAGCCGCCUAUUAAUGGACAAAUAGUUAUCCCUUCUCCCUAAGUUAACCCUUUGGAUGCUGUUCGCUCUCUCUCUGUUACUGGUGCACUUUCCACUGGGGCUUAGCCCCUGAGCAUCCAAUGCCUUCAGUCUGUAUGACUGCUUCCCUUCCUUGCCCAGGAAGCUUCCAGGACUAAGUUCCCACUGAGCUCCCCUUGCUUUGACUCCUCCUAGCUUCCUGGGGUGGUCAACAAAUUCAAUUUAACAGACAUUUGCUAAGCACUUACCCUCUGUGGAACCCUGUGGUAGGCCCUGAGGACCAUCCAAAGAUUAUAUAAAAUGAAGUCCCUGAUCUCAUGAAACUUAAGAGUCCAGUAGACUGGAAUAUAUAUAUAUAUAUGUAUAUGUAUAUGUAUACAUAUAUAUGUAUAUAAAUAACUAUGAUACACAGUAAUACAUGAGAGUAAUCACCAAUUGUUUAUUGCCCUAGUGACCUUGGGCAAGUCACCUUGCUUGCCCCACUGGUCCUCAACUGUAAAAUGAAGGGGUUGGGCAAAGGGGCUUCCGAAGUCCCAGCCAGCCAUAGAUCUAGGAUUCUAUGUAAGGGCCCUCACACUCUAGCAUUCUAUGAAUCUACGUUCUGCAUUCAGAGGGAUGCAAACCAAGGGCUAUGUGAGGUGGGGGUGGAGGGGAUGGUUCAUGUCUAUGGUGAAAGGAAACCAGGAAGACUUCUAGGGAGGUGUCACGUCAAGUAAACUGUAAGGGAUGGGUGGUAAUCAGCAGACAACAUUGUUCCUUUGUUUUCUACAUACAAGAUUUGCACCAAAGUCUCUCUCUGGCCCUUGCUGAUUCCUCCCUUCUUCAACGUUUAAAAAGUUCUAGGAUUCCGCCAUUGUUGUUGUUUGUUGCUUACCUUUUGUUCUCGAAGAGGACCGAUGACAUUGGGAGGAUUCUGUCAUAGAGAUAUCACGAGGGCCAUCUUGGUGCGGUGGAUUGAGAGCCAACCCGGGUUCAAGUCUCCUGACAAUUAUGUGUGCCUCUAGGGAAGUCACUUAACUUCUCAGUGGCCCAGGUAACUCUCUAAGACCAUAAGUUAUAGGGCAGGUGCCAAUCAGCAUUGGUCAUGGAGUCUGGACAUUCACUAUGCCCAUGAAAUCACUGGAACCUCCCACCCCCCCAAAAAAAAGGUAUUCCCUCACUUACUGUUCCUUCUACAAACACAAGUCACAACCUCUGUGAUUCGUUGGGUCUUCGUGAGUUACAGUGGCAAAACAAACCAACAAACAACAUCCUCUGGAAGAGGAUCCCCUUUGAACAUAAUGCUACUGGUCCCCAGAGAACAGACACAGUCUGAUGCCGCCCCCAUCCUCAAUGCCUUUGCAGCCUGGUAGGGCUGCCAGAGCUUGAGGGAUUGGAGUGGGACUUUAAUGGAAGCAGGUCUCCUUCCUUUCUUUUUAAAAGACACAUAAUGAGCUCCUCUGGGGCAUCUCUGCCAUAGCCCCCAAUUCCAAAUGUCAUCAUUUUGUCCCUCAAUGCGCUAAGUUGCCUCCAAAACCCAGUGCAAAAACUAACGAUGGAGAAAGGGCUGUGUUUGGGGGUAGGAUGUAUCUUUUUUCCAAUUAUAAUGUUCCUUCCAAUCUCUCUCCUUUUUAUUUUAGGGAAUUUAUAAUCAUGACAUGAACAAUUGAUCCAUUAAGAAAAUGAAGCACAUGCCAAAAACACUUUAGUAAUUGGCAUUUACAUAGCACUUUAACAUUUGCAAAAUGUUUUCCAUCCAUUAUCUCAUUUGAUACUCAUUACAGCUUUGUGACGGAGGUACUGUUUGUACAAUUGUUGGCAUUCAAUUGUUUUAGUCACAUCCAUUUGGGGUUUUCUUGGCAUAGAUACUGGAGUGGUUUGCCAUUUCCUUCUUCAGCUCAUUUUACAGAUGAGG